AUGCCCCGCGGCGCGCCCAUUCAAACCGCACGGAGGGGGCGCCGGAGCGGGAGCCGGGCGGGGCAGCAGGAGGACCGGGAGGACGGAGAGGACGAGACCCAGAUGGCGGCUCCGGACUCGGAGGUGCUGGCCGCGGCCGCGGUCCCCGACUCGGAGUGGUACGAGGAGAAGUCGGAGGAGACCUGCGCCCCCACGAUCGAGCUACUCGACGCCGCUUCUGCCCAGGAGCCCCCCACCCCCUUGGAACACUUCUGCCCCAGGGAUUGUUUGGUGCCGGUGGUGUUUCCCGGGCCUGUGAGCCAGGAAGGCUGCUGUCGCUUCACUUGUGAACUCCUAAAGCAUAUCAUGUACCAACGCCAGCAACUCCCGCUGCCAUACGAACAGCUCAAGUUCUUCUACCGAAAGCCGACCCCUCAGGACACGGUGAAGAAGAAAUCUCGGGCUGGUGCCGAGGCGAACAGCAGGAGAUGCCAGCAAACCCUGACGGAACUGGAGAGCGUCCUUAGCCACCUGGAGGGGCUCUUUGCCCGGACGCGAGUGCCCCGAGUGCUCAUACUCCUGGGAGGCAGUGCCCUGAGUCCCAAGGAGUUCUACGAGCUGGACUUGUCCUGCUUGGCCCCCAGCAGCAUGGACCAGAGUCUGAGCACCGCGGCCUGUCUGCGCCGGCUCUUCCGAGCCAUCUUCCUGGCUAAUGCCUUCAGCGAGCUGCAGGCCCCUCCGCUUAUGAGCACCACUGUCAUGGCCCUGGGCCACCGCGACUGUGGAGAGGAUUGGUUCCGACCCAAGCUCAACUACAGAGUGCCCAGCCGGGGCCACAAACUGACUGUGACCUUGUCCUGCGGCCGCCCCUCCGUUCCAGCCACGGCGUGGGAGGAUUACAUUUGGUUCCAGGCGCCGGUGACUCUGAAAGGUUUCCACGAAUGAAGAAAGCUGCUGCUUUUACCAUGAAAUCAAUUGCUAAGUUAUUUCUCCCCUGUGUGUUGGCACCAAGUCUUCUCCAUCUCCUGCUUCAGUUGCUGCCUUCGGGCUCAGGCGUCCUCUCUGACCUUCAGGUGGGGGACGUCAUGGACUGCAAGCGGCUCUUAGAGUCUGAGAUGGAAUUUCCCAGUGGGUGCCGGCCCAGGCACUGCUCUUUGGGCUUGGAAAGCAAAUCUGGGCUCACGGGUAGACACACUUAGGGAAGUGACUCUUUUCUGCUCUUUGCUGUGCCUUUUCAGGAUUCUGAACCAGGUUUAUGAUGUGGGUAUGACUCAUGAACUGAAAUAUAAAAUGAAUGAAUUUUUAUUAAAAUUUCCCCAAAUCCUUAGCUUUUU